CCUUCCAUUUCCAAGUGUUUUGAAGUUGAUGUUUAUUGGUUAGACUUCGUAUUUUGUUUUUUUAAAUCAUUGCAUUUAAUUCGUGUGUCUUGUUUUUAUUUAUAUACAGAAUUCAAGAAUCAUGUUAGAUAUUGAAAGUGCAAGUUAAAGUGCAAAAUAUGGAAUCUGCCUCACCAUAUACGUGUUUUGCGUAAAUUUUGUAAUUCGUAGCACUACGAACUUUUGUUUCAACACUAUACGUGUAAAUGUCUGAUAGCAUCAUUCAACGACUACGAUUUAUAAUUGCGAUAAUGAAACGUAAAGCCCCAACUAAUGAAAUAGCGACUGCAAAAACACAUCAUUGGUCAGCUAAUUUACUUAAAUCAAUAGAGGAUCCUGAAUGUAAAAUCAGAGAAGAUGAUAAAAUAGUUGUUAUCAAAGAUAAAUAUCCUAAAGCGCAAUUUCAUUAUUUGGUUUUACCAAAGGAGGAUAUUCUCAAUAUAUGGCGUAUCAAAAAUGAACAUCAAGAUUUGUUAACAUAUAUGCAUGAUGUUGCAUGUGAUCUGAUAAAAGACCAAACAGAUCAUGAAUUCCUUAUAGGUUAUCAUGCGAUGCCAAGUAUGCAGAGGCUGCACCUGCAUGUAAUAAGCACGGAUUUUAAUAGUCCUUGCCUUAAAACUAAAUAUCAUUGGAACUCUUUUACGACGCCAUUCUUUUUACAUUCGCAAGAUGUAUGCAAUCAGUUGCGUAUAGACGGCAAAAUCAAAAAGAUUUCUCCGCAGGCGUGUACAGACUAUCUGAACACAAAAUUGAAGUGUCACAAAUGCUCGACACAGCCGAAAAAUAUGCCACAUUUAAAAAGACAUUUGUUAACACACAUCGAUAAUUGCAAGUUAUGAAAAGCGUAUAAUGUAUAAAUAUGUAAUUUAAAACUUCUGUAUAAUAAA